AUUGUCCUAAAUGCAUUGUUUACGGUUUUUUUAAUCUGCCAAGUCAAAGCGGAACGGACUUUAGAUGUGUUCGUGUGUUCUGUGCUUUAGAUUUAUAUUCGAUUAGAGUUGAUUAGAGUGCGGUUAUGUUUCGAGUGUGGAGUGUUAUGAGUUGAGUUGAAUCGACAAAUUUCAACAAACUCCGUUGUAAUAAACUCCUAAACAUCUGUAAAGGUUUAAGAAAGUUAAUAUUAUUUCUAACCACAAAUCUAGUCUUGUCGGUCUGGUUAUGUCUGUUUAAAAUUUAACAAAACAAAAAAUAUCUGUGAGUAAUGACUAGCUCAGCUAAAGUAAUUAAACGAAAAAAUAAUUUAGAAAAGAAAACUAACGAUGAUAAGGGCACAAACAACUUGCGAUAUGGACCAUUACCAAAAAUUUCAGGCCAAAGAAUAUGGAGUCGCGGAAUUAUAAUUUUGGGUGUUCUUAUUUAUGUGUGGUAUACAUCAAAGGAUGGCAAAGAGAUAUCUUUGGCAAAACAAAAAGAUAUUGUAGUUACAAGAGGACAAGCAGUAGAUUGUGAUCCUGAAUAUAUAAAUGAAAUUCAACAGUUUCCAGGAUGUGUACCAGCAAAAUGUGGAAGAUACGUUUCGGAUAAAUUGGUAACAUUUAACGAAGCUGAAACUUUGUUAAAUUUAGCUAAGAAAGGUAUAAGUUUAGGAGGCUCAUCAGGUGGUGCUUCAAUACUAGACUUGCACUCAGGAGCCCUAUCUUAUGGAGAAAAAUUUGUUAAUAUAUACACAUUAGAAAAUACUGAACAGCUUAUUACAGCAGCUGAUCUUAUGAUAUAUAAAAUGGUCAAAAACAAAAUUCAACAUGCAAUAGCUGAAAAUUUUGGAAUUAACAGUGAUAGCUUGUAUUUAGCACACCCCACAUUUUUUUCAAAGUUGUCCAAUUUAGAACCGCAAACUCCACAUGAUGAAUAUUGGCAUGUCCACGUUGAUAAAGAAACUUAUGAAUCAUUUCAUUACACAUCACUAUUAUAUCUGACAGACUUUAAUAUUGACUUUAAAGGAGGUAGAUUUGUGUUUGUUGAUGAUCCUGACAAACCAAACAAAAAUACAACAGUGGAUCCUCGUAAAGGAAGAGUGUUGAUGUUUACAUCAGGUGCAGAAAAUCCUCAUUUUGUGGAAAGAGUGUCAUCUGGUGUUCGCUAUGCUAUAACUGUAUCGUUUACAUGCGACGCCUCAAAAUCUAUUAGUGAUCCUACAACAAAGUAGUAUUACAGGCAUUUAUAAAUUUUUAAUCAGUGUGAUUCGUGAGCCAUUCCAUAAUAUAUUUGAAUAAUUGUAAACUGUGUUUAAUAAGCUAUGUUACUUAGAUUAAAGUAAUUAUUUUGUUAAUAUGAUAUGCAUUUAGUUGUUUUAUGUUUAAAUGAUUUUUUAUGUACUGAUGUUAUUAAAGGUGUUUAGAAAA